AUGACUAAGGAAGAAUCACCCAUUUUUCAAGAUAUACUUUUUAAUUCAACAGCUAUGACAUUUGAUAAUAAUGAAGAUAGUCUACUUCCUAUUGAUUUUACUGAUAUUGAUAUUACAUUUGAUUCUGAUCAAUUGUGGUCAUCACUUGAUAUAUGUUCUUUGAAUGAUUUAAAAGAAGACGACGAAGAAGAAAAAACAUGUAUUGAUCAAUUUUUAUUAAAUUCGAAGUUUGAUCUUCCACAAAUUACUUCUGUUCCAUCGUCGACUUUACCAAUCUAUGCUAAUCAACAACAAAAUAUUGUUUCACAUAAUUCCUCAUCAACGAAUUUACAAUAUCAUCAUGAUAUUUUCCUUUCAUUUAUUAAUCCACCAGAACCUAUUUAUCAUGUACGUUACUUAAGUGAAAUUACAAGUUUAUCAAUCGAUGAAAAUUUAGUCAAUACAAAAAAACUAAGUAAACAACAUCAAUCAGGACGAUAUAUCAAAGGAAUACAUGGUCGAUAUGUGACAAUUGCACUUCCAACAAUUCUAUCUGAUAAUUCUAAUCUUUUCAUACGUGUUACACGUCUUACUGUGCCUUAUCAAGAUAUAUCAUAUAUUCAUCCAUAUCCACUUCUAUAUUCAUGUGCAAAGAAAAAAAUACAUUCUGAUAUUAUUAUUCAAGAUUCAUCAAUCUAUUUUAAAAUAAACAAAGAUGAGAUUUGUUCUCGUUCAAAACGCUUUCCUCAUAUAAUUCUUACACGUCUUAAGCAAUGUCAUCUUAAACACAUUAACAUUUUAUAUUCGUUUGAUAAUAAUGAAAUGUCUUAUCCAUUCAUUGGAAAUAAUGUUAAAAAUAAAAUUGCACAUUAUCAAUUAAAAAAAUCUCAACUUGAUUUUCGUUUAGUAAUUAAAUGUGAACAAACAGGUAAAUUUUUUAAUACAAAUAUUUUUUGUCGAUCAAAUUCAUUACUUGAAGAAGAAGGUGUUGAAUUGAAAAAAUCAUUAGCAUAA